AUGGAUCAUUUUGGAGUUGGAAGAAUAGUUCAGUCUGUUUCUCUUCAGCAACGGGUAGCAGAAUUGGAAAAAAUUAAUGCAGAAUUUUUACGUGCACAACAGCAGCUUGAACAAGAAUUUAAUCAAAAGAGAGCAAAAUUUAAGGAGUUAUAUUUGGCUAAAGAGGAGGAUCUGAAGAGGCAAAAUGCAGUAUUACAAGCUGCACAAGAUGAUUUGGGACACCUUCGAACCCAGCUGUGGGAAGCUCAAGCAGAGAUGGAGAAUAUUAAGGCGAUUGCCACAGUCUCUGAGAACACCAAGCAAGAAGCUAUAGAUGAAGUGAAAAGACAGUGGAGAGAAGAAGUUGCUUCACUUCAGGCUGUUAUGAAAGAAACAGUUCGUGACUAUGAGCACCAGUUCCACCUUAGGCUGGAGCAGGAGCGAGCACAGUGGGCACAGUAUAGAGAAUCCGCAGAGAGGGAAAUAGCUGACUUAAGAAGAAGGCUGUCUGAAGGUCAAGAGGAGGAAAAUUUAGAAAAUGAAAUGAAAAAGGCCCAAGAAGAUGCUGAGAAACUUCGGUCUGUUGUGAUGCCAAUGGAAAAGGAAAUUGCAGCUUUGAAGGAUAAACUGACAGAGGCUGAAGACAAAAUUAAAGAGCUGGAGGCCUCAAAGGUUAAAGAACUGAAUCAUUAUCUGGAAGCUGAGAAAUCUUGUAGGACUGAUCUAGAGAUGUAUGUAGCUGUUUUGAAUACUCAGAAAUCUGUUCUACAGGAAGAUGCUGAGAAACUGCGGAAAGAAUUGCAUGAAGUUUGCCAUCUCUUGGAGCAAGAGCGACAACAACACAACCAGUUAAAGCAUACGUGGCAGAAGGCCAAUGACCAGUUUCUGGAAUCUCAGCGUUUACUGAUGAGAGACAUGCAGCGAAUGGAGAUUGUGCUAACUUCAGAACAGCUCCGACAAGUUGAAGAACUGAAGAAGAAAGAUCAGGAGGAUGAUGAACAACAGAGACUCAAUAAGAGAAAGGAUCACAAAAAAACAGAUGUUGAGGAAGAAAUAAAAAUACCAGUAGUGUGUGCUUUAACUCAAGAAGAAUCUUCAGCCCAGUUAUCAAAUGAAGAGGAGCAUUUAGAUAGCACCCAUGGUUCCGUCCAUUCCUUAGAUGCAGACUUAUUGUUGCCAGCUGGAGAUCCUUUCAGUAAAUCGGACAAUGACAUGUUUAAAGAUGGACUCAGGAGAGCACAGUCUACAGACAGCUUGGGAACUUCGGGCUCAUUGCAAUCCAAAGCUUUAGGCUAUAACUACAAAGCAAAAUCUGCUGGAAACCUGGACGAGUCAGAUUUUGGACCACUGGUAGGAGCAGAUUCAGUGUCUGAGAACUUUGAUACUGCAUCCCUUGGGUCGCUCCAGAUGCCAAGUGGGUUUAUGUUAACCAAAGAUCAGGAGAGAGCAAUCAAGGCGAUGACACCAGAACAAGAAGAGACGGCGUCCCUCCUCUCCAGCGUUACCCAGGGCAUGGAGAGUGCGUACGUGUCCCCGAGUGGUUAUCGUUUAGUUAGUGAGACAGAAUGGAAUCUCUUGCAGAAAGAGGUGCAUAAUGCUGGAAAUAAACUUGGUAGACGUUGUGAUAUGUGUUCCAAUUACGAAAAACAGUUACAAGGAAUUCAGAUUCAGGAGGCUGAAACAAGAGACCAGGUGAAAAAACUACAGCAGAUGCUAAGGCAAGCUAAUGACCAGUUAGAGAAGACAAUGAAAGAUAAGCAGGAACUGGAAGACUUCAUAAAGCAAAGUAGCGAAGAUUCGAGUCACCAGAUCUCUGCACUUGUCCUAAGAGCCCAAGCAUCUGAGAUCUUACUUGAAGAGUUACAACAGGGAUUUUCCCAGGCAAAGAGGGAUGUUCAGGAACAGAUGGCAGUGCUGAUGCAGUCACGGGAACAGGUUUCAGAAGAGCUGGUGAGGUUACAGAAAGACAACGACAGUCUCCAGGGAAAGCACAGCUUGCAUGUGUCACUACAGCAAGCCGAAGACUUCAUCCUCCCAGACACCACAGAGGCACUGCGGGAGAUGGUAUUAAAGUACCGCGAGGACAUCAUUCAUGUGCGGACAGCAGCAGACCACGUAGAAGAAAAGCUGAAGGCCGAGAUACUUUUCCUAAAGGAGCAGAUCCAAGCAGAACAGUGUUUGAAAGAAAAUCUUGAAGAAACUCUGCAGCUAGAAAUAGAAAACUGCAAGGAGGAAAUAGCUUCCAUUUCUAGCCUAAAAGCUGAAUUAGAAAGAAUAAAAGUAGAAAAAGGACAGUUGGAGUCCACAUUAAGAGAGAAGUCUCAACAGCUUGAGAGUCUUCAGGAAAUGAAGAUCAGUUUGGAAGAGCAGUUAAAAAAAGAGACUGCUGCUAAGGCUACCGUUGAACAACUAAUGUUUGAAGAGAAGAACAAAGCUCAGAGAUUACAGACAGAAUUAGAUGUCAGUGAGCAAGUCCAGAGAGAUUUUGUGAAGCUUUCACAGACCCUUCAGGUGAGGCGUUUGGGGAACCACAUACAGAGCACGAAGGCAGUUUUGGGGGACAGAACCUUGCCAAUCCCUGACUUGACCACUGGCAGUAGCUAGAGGUUUAGAGACUGGCUGCUCCUACCUCCACCCCAAAUGUCUGCCUCAUCAUUCAGGCCAGAAACCUGGUGUGUUCUUCACACUUGGCCCUUUUUUCUUUUUCUCUAUACCUUGCCAAUUUUGCCUCCUUACGAGGAAAAUAUAAACUCCUUAGCAUACUAUGUAAGACUCUUCCCAACCAGGCCUACCCCUGUAUUUUGCUCAUCUCUCUGCCUUGUUUUACAUUCUCAUGUUUAACUGCUUGUGGUUCCUCGCCCACAGUGUGGUCUUCCGUCUGGUAAGCAUCCUCCUCUCAUCCCCUCCUGACUCCUUUCUUUCAAGGCUCAGCGUAGGU